AUGUUUAUCGUCACAUCGCGACGAACCUUCUCCGACAUUGCGCUCAUUCUCGCGUCAAUCUCGUGCCUAAUAAUCGAUUCAACCGCAUCGAUAGACGAAGAAUAUUGCCACAGUGACAACCAAUUCGACUGUCAAAACAUCGAAAUGUCAAAUCAGGACCAAGAGGACUACAAAAACGCCAAAAGCAUCUACGAAUUCACCGCCAGGGACAUCAAAGGCAACGAAGUCUCCUUAGAGAAGUACAAAGGUCACGUAUGCAUAAUAGUCAAUGUGGCCUCGCAAUGCGGCUACACCAAAAACAACUACGCCGAAUUGGUGGAGCUCUACACGGAGUACGCGGACUCCAAGGGGCUGAGGAUACUGGCGUUUCCCUGUAACCAAUUCGCCGGGCAGGAGCCGGGCUCCAACGACCAGAUUUGCGAGUUCGCCCGCAGCAGGAAGGUGGAGUUCGACAUGUUCGAAAGGAUCAACGUGAACGGGGCGGGGGCCCAUCCUCUGUGGAAGUACCUGAAGCACGUCCAAGGUGGCACCCUGGGGGAUUUCAUCAAGUGGAACUUCACCAAGUUCAUCAUCGACAAAAACGGGGUGCCUGUGGAGAGGCACGGGCCCAGCACCAAUCCCAAGGAUUUGGUUAAGUCGUUGGAGAAGUAUUGGUAA